UGUCGCCCAUGAAGCUGUGUGUUCCAGGUGACAAACUAUGCAACAUAGAAGACUGCUCUCCAGGCACAGGAGUAUAUCAGCGGCACGGCUACAUCUACUCCUCACUAGCAGGCUACGUGCUUAGGAAAAACGAGGGAGUCCAGUUACCUGUGAUCUCAGUGGUGAGGGAAACAGAAGCACAACUGCUUCCAGAUGUGGGAGCAAUAGUCACCUGUAAGGUGACCAGCGUCAACCCCCAGUUCGCCAAGGUCCAGAUCCUCUAUGUAGGCUCCACGCCACUGAAAGAUCGCUUCAGAGGGACCAUCAGGAAAGAAGAUGUGCGUGCGACAGAGAAGGACAAGGUGGAGACAUACAAAAGCUUCAGACCUGGUGACAUCGUCCUGGCCAAAGUUAUUUCUUUGGGUGAUUUUCAGUCAAACUACCUGUUGACAACUUCUGAGAAUGAGCUGGGAGUCGUGGUGGCACACAGUGAAGCAGGUGCCCAGAUGGUUCCCAUCAGCUGGUGCGAGAUGCAGUGCCCGCGGACGCACACCAAAGAGUUCCGCUAAGUGGCACGAGUGCAGCCGGAGUAUCUACAGGCAUGAGAGCCCUAAAACGUCUCUCCUCCACAAGGAACACACAGCU